GCAGACGAGAGGCACAGACCGGCUGCAGGAGGGCGCCAGUGUCAAGUCACAGCCUCACAGCAGCUAUCAUGCAACUGACACAUGUGGAAGCUGUGCUCAUCCUCGGGAUUGUUAUUCCUCAGAUAUCCAGCAUCAGGGUCUUGUCUGCACCCCCCGACUGUUGGGCUUCUCUGGAUACCUGCAUGUCAGAUUUAUGUGAGAGCGAACAGGCGUUUUACGGCGGCAUCUGUAAAGAUGAAGGGUGCCAAAUAAAGGGCUCAGAGGUCUGUAACUUGACCAUCCAGACCGCACUGGACCAAUUUCCCUCUCUGCGAGGGUGUGUGUGUGCACGGGAGGAGGAGGAGGACCUGUGCGACUCCAUACAAGCGCUAGCCGAACAAUGCCACAGAAAGCCAGUGAGUAACAAGAAGAGGAGCACGGUGGUGAACUGGGAGUCAAGCACUUUGAUAGGCCGUGUGUAUGACGGUGCUGGCUCCUGCUUUGACCAGAUGGCGGUUUGUCUCGGUGACGCCGUUUUCCAGAAGCACCUGAUAUCUGUUCUCUCGGCGUGUACGGCAGAUCCGUGCGACCGUGACCUCUGCCAGGAAGUGACGAGGCACUUCUACGGGAGCAUGCCGCAGAACGUGGCGGAGAUGCUGGUCAUGUGCGAGUGUGAGGCUUCAGAUGAGAGCUGCCUGCAGAUGAAAACGUCUCUGCACAGCGGCCCGUGCGCAGACGAGACCCGGAUCUGCCAGGAGAGAGUUAAACAGUGUCUUGAGGAUGGUAUCUGCAGCGACCUGUUAGAAAACUUCCGAGCCAAAUGCUGGAGCUUGGAAAACGAUCAGUGUGGCGACCGUGUGGAUGAAUGUCUCGCCAGCAUGGACCCAGCUUCCAUCUUCUGGGCAGAUCCUGAAUGCAAAAUGGCCUUCGUAGACACUCUGGGCACAGUGCUGCACCGUCCUUGUUCAUGCAGAGGCGUGCACAUUGACGACCUGCGGACGUGCAACAUGAUUCAUGAUGUGUUUCAUAACAGAUCAGUGUUCAGGACAUCUUUGAAAAGUAGCAGUGUUCCUCCUAAACCUCCGAAGCUCAACGAGUCUGAGCAUCGUCACACACGGUCACAUGAUUAUCUGCUGUAUGCCUUUGCAACUGUGCUGCUUGUCGGAGUCGUUGUUCUGAUGCCUCUGGCUGUUGUCAGUAAACUUUGGAUGUUGAGGAAAAGAGAUGAAACGAAAUUUCACCCUCCACAGAAAGGCCGCUUUGUUGUUAUUCUCUGAUGUUUGUUCGACGUUAGUGAUGUUAACCACAAAUCUUACAUUUCUUCAUAUUUAACUUUAAAAGAUUCAAGAUGACAGUUUGGAUUUUGUAGCGCAAAUAGCAGGAAUUCCACAACGUAGAUAAAAACAUAUCUGAGCAAUUCUGUACAGAUUCAAUCUCACGGCUGAUGUGACAUGUAAUAUAAUCUAUGUUAUUGUUACUUUUGUAGUGUAUCCUGCAUGGUCUUUGUAUUCAUGUGCUUUAUUAGAGAAAAUGUAUUUAAAAACUUUAUUCUACAGUUAAACGAGUCUCAACAUGAAGUACUGCUGAGAAAGAUGAUGAUGCGUGAGAUGAGAGGAUUUUUAUUUAUAAAAAUAAGAAACCUCUGAGGCAACCGACGAAAUCUUCAGAAUCGAUCGCAGCUCUUCAGUUAUUAAUCUCUUCAACAGUUUCAAACUGAAUCCAUUAAUCAUUGUAAGAAAAUCACAUAUCUGACACGUCAGAGAUUGCUCCAUUUCAUUGUCUGUGAUGAUUUAUCAAUGUGCUAUGCUGCCUCUGUAUCUGAUAAUAAAUCAACACAUC